AUGCCCGAUCAUUCAGACAAGCGCGGGCAAGGCCGAGGAAAAGGUUGCGGAGGGCAAGGACGCGAUGUCCAAGUCUCCAAAGCACUAAGUUUGCUGUUGCGCCAUGCCGCCGAGAAAGAAGGACUGAAGAUGAAUGCGCAAGGCUACGCAAGUGUGACCGACGUGCUACAAUGGAGAAAACUCAAGUCACUGAAGGUCACCUUCCCCGAGAUUCUCCACGCAGUCGACUCGUCAGACAAAAAGCGGUUCGCCCUUCUCUACAUUCCAUCCGCCCAGCCCACCGAAUCCACAGCGCAGGCGACAACACUCCCAUCAACGACGCCCGACGCAGAGAAUCAAGCCGGAAAAGUCGUGGGCGCUGAUCAGCCCACGACAUCAGUCCUGGAGUCUGCUCCGACCACAAGCGAAGCCCAGCAAUCCGCAACCGACCACGCGCUCUCUGUGAAAGACACCAAUCCUGCGAAUUUCCUAAUCCGCGCGACACAAGGACAUAGUAUUAAAACCGUGGAAGCUGCGUCUUUCCUCGAGCCGCUUUUUUUGUCGGACGAGUCGAAAUUACCAGAUACCGUGGUCCAUGGCACAUUCCACUCGACUUGGCCGGUGAUUCUACAAUCUGGGGGACUACGUUGUAUGGGUCGUAACCACAUUCACUUUGCGACAGGUCCAUCGCUGGAAUCCGUGCUUGCUGUUCAUGGCGGUGAUGUUGCGCAGGGAACAUCCAAGCCAGAUGAAUCCCGGGUGAUUUCAGGCAUGCGACGCGAUGCACAGGUGCUCAUAUAUAUUGAUAUUCGCAAAGCCCUGGCUGCGGGGGUUCCGUUCUGGCGAAGUGAGAAUGGGGUUAUUCUAAGCGAAGGAAUUCCCGUUACUCAAAGCGAGCAGGGCGAUAAGAAGGGCGAAGAGCAAAAGUUCGUGUCGUUGGAGUUCUUUGAUGUGGUUGCAGAGCGCAAGCUUGGUUUGGGCAAGCUCUGGGAGCAUGGAGAAGUCCUCAAGCAGCUCCCAGAGAAUCUCACGAACAAAGGCAACCCCAAGGGACGCCGAUGA